AUUGACGAGACGUCAAAAGAUGAGCGAACACCUGGUAGAUGCUACGGACGAUCGAGGACGGGCACACGUGCAGAGAAAAAGCAGGUGUUUGUACGUGGACGACGGACAUCCACAGAAGCUCUCCUCACACUGGAUGGCAUUGUUGCUGCAACUGUUGUCGAAGGCUCUAUGACCCAGGAGUUGUUCCUAGAAUGGCUUGAGAACAUUGUCGUGAGUCUCGUCAUGAAU